AUGUCACUUAUUCGUCAGGCUCUAUCAUUUGGUAUUAGAGUUCCACAAUUGGGGAGAAGCGUACCGGCUCUUGUAACAUCAAUAAGGUUCAAUUCUAGCGCUAGUGCUAGUGCUAGUGCUGCACCAGUAGAUGCUAAGAUAUCACAAAUUGUUGAUCAGAUCUCGACUUUAACUCUUUUAGAAACAUCGAGCUUGGUGAGUGAGUUGAAAUCAAGACUUAAUAUCAGUGAUAUUGCAUUACCAGUAGGAGGAGGUGCUGGUGCAGGCGCUUCUGCACAAGCUGCGCCAGUUGAAGAAGAAGAAGCUAAAGUACCUGUUGAAGAGAAGACAAUAUUUUCAAUUAAAUUGGAAAGUUUUGAUGCUAAAUCGAAACCAAAGAUUAUCAAAGAGGUUAAAGGGUUAUUGGGCUUGAGUUUGGUUGAAAGUAAGAAAUUCGUUGAAAGUGCUCCAAAGAUUUUGAAGGAGAAUGUAGCUAAAGAAGAUGCUGAUAAGAUAAAGAGUACUUUGGAAGGAUUAGGGGCUAAAGUUUCUUUAGAAUAA